AUGUGGAAGGAAGGGCUAUUGAGAACGAUAUCAGUCGAUGAAAAGUGGAGGAAGCAAGUGGAACGGUUGAAGAUUUGCGACUAUGACGAACUUCAAUCGAAUAAUCUCUUAGAUUGCGAGAAAAUUGGAAGAAGGAUCAAUGGAUAUUUUCGAAAGCAACGACAGAACUGGGGGCAACGCCCUCAAAGCGUUCAGACAGUAAAUUUAGGAAAAGGGAACACCAUCAAACCACUUGGAAUCGACGCUUCUGAUGAUUAUAUUGCGGUUAUUGUCGAUAGAUUUCAUUUAUUCUCAUUUUCGCCCGUUCUGACGGCCAAUUCAUCUGCAGAUUGA